AUGCCUUGGUGUUUCUUGAUAAAGGUGUUUCAGAGAAGAAUGGACGGAUCUGAAGAUUUCUACAGAACUUGGAACGAAUACAGAGACGGGUUUGGUGACGUAGACCGAGAAUUCUGGCUAGAAAGGAUCAUUUUACAGAAACAGGGAUACAAUACCAGCGGUGAGAUAAAGAUUCCAGAAGUAGUUAGUAGUGGACUAAGGAGCAGUAAUAGCAACAGUAGCAGUAAUACUUGUAGUAGUAGUAGUAGUAGUAGUAGUAGUAGUAGUAGUAGUAGUAGUAGUAGUAGUAGUAAUGGUAAUAGUUGUAGUAAUAGUAGCAGCUGUAGUUGUACUGGAUGAAGAAGCAGCAAUAGCACUAGUAAACGUAGUAUUAAUAGUAGUAGCAGCAGUAGUAGUAGUGGUAGUAGUUUUAGCAGAAGCAACAGCAGCAGCAGCAGUAGUAAUAGCAGUAGCAGCAGCAGUAGUAGUAGUGACAGUAAUAGUAAUGGUAAUGGUCGUAGUGAUGGUGGUAGUAGUAGCAGUAGUGGCAGUAGCUGUAACAGUAGCAGUAGCAGCAGUAGAAGUAGUCGUAGUAGUAGUAGUAGUGGUAGUAAUGGUAAUAGUAGUAGUGGUGGUAGUAGUAAUAGCAGUAGCAGUAGAAGUAAUAGUAGUAGUAGUAGUAGCAGCAGUAGCUGUAACAGUAGCAGUAGCAGCAGUAGAAGUAGUCGUAGUAGUAGUAGUGGUAGUAAUAGUAAUGGUAAUAGUAGUAGUGGUGGUAGUAGUAAUAGCAGUAGCAGUAGAAGUACGCUAGCUGGAGUCUGUGGAACUAAUGAAGCAUCCCUUGACAGGAGAGGAGCUGACGCCAGGACGUGUAUACCACGUGAUCGUGACGUCACAACAUCAUCUAGAAACAGGCCACAAGGUCCAUCUCCUAACGUGACACACAACUGUGAUGACGUCAUGACAAGCCACACAUGUAAUGGCGUGUACACACUAACAGGACUUGAAGUUUACAACUUGUCCGUCUUUUGUGACAUGAGAACUUUUGAUGGUGGUUGGCUGGUGUUUCAAAGAAGAAUGGACGGAUCUGAAGAUUUCUACAGAACUUGGAACGAAUACAGAGACGGGUUUGGUGACGUAGACCGAGAAUUCUGGCUUGGAAACGAGAUAAUCCACCAGAUCACGAGUCGAGCUGUUUACGAAAUGCGGAUUGAUUUGGAGGAUUUUGAAGGCAACACGCGCUAUGCGAUGUACUCUCCGUUUUCAUUGGCUAGCGAGGCGGAGAACUACACUCUUCACAUUGGCUCGUACAGUGGAGAUGCAGACUGCCUCUGCACGGUUAGUUGGAAGCAGCUGGUAAAACUCGUGCUUUCGAAUGGCGAAGAGCUGCUUGUCAUCCUCUUUGUUGCUCUUGACAAGCCGUUGAUGGCCCUGAUGAAGUUUACUAGCCUGGAGUGA